UAAUAAAUAUUAAUAAUAUUAAUAAAUAUUAAUAAUAAAUAAAUUGCGAGAGUAAAAUGUUCGGUUGACUUUCCUGUGAUUUGUGAGGUUUCUUAUGAGUUUUAUUUUGAGAGGUUAUUCUUGCUCAAACCUCAUAGGAAAAAAACUUAGAAAAGUCACCACAUGAGGUGAAAAGCAUUGUAGAGUUUUUUUUAAUAAAAAAUUGAAUUGAAUGUGGAUACGUAACGAAAUACAUAUUUUUUGUUGGUAUGAAGUCUAAUCCUGAGGAAUGCUUGACUUUUGUACAUCUUGCGGUACCAACAGCCAUGGUAUUUGUAGCAAUUAAAUAUUUGUAAAUUUGUUAACAAAUAUUGGUAUAAAGCAAAACAAACACGACUAUUUUUGUAUUGUGAGGGUUGUUGUCAGACGUCACAGAUUUGUGAGCAUUUGAGCAUUUGAAUAUGAGCUAGCAUAAUAGCCUAGACAGACGACAUCGCUAAUUUGCAUUAGCGGCGAUGAUUUGCUUUAACUCGCGCAUUAAUUCAUUUUAAAGCAAAUUAGUAAUGCACAAAAAUUUCGUGCAUUUAGCUGAAUUUACCACAUUUGUGCUGGCAAUGCUGCCCAAAAAUGCCUGAUUUUUGCUAUUGUGAAUGUUAAUUGAUAGAAAGAAGAAGAAGAAAACGUCAACAAAUGAUAGAAAGGAAAGCGUUAGAGAAGAUGGCAGAAAUUAAGCAGCGAGUGGUUUGGACUAGCACUGAUGAAUGUGUGUUAAUUGACUUGUGGCGUGAGCGGGCCGAUGAUUUAAGACGUGCCAAGCGCAAUUUGCAUAUAUAUGCCGAUAUAUCUGUGCAAAUGGCACAUAAAUUUACUCCGAAGGAAGUCCAUAUUAAAAUUAGAAACUUAUCACAAAGAUACAGAGAAGAAAAGAAGAAAACUGGCCCAUCGGGGGGCAGCCCAUCGACGUGGAAAUAUUUUGAUGCGGUGCAUCAAAUCAUAGGGCUGACUGCAGCCAAUAAUGCAGAAAUUUAUGAAUCAUUAACUGUGGACAUAUCGUCAUCAACAUUGCUGCCGUUACCGCCAUCUGUACCUGCAGCAUCACCAGUAACAAUGUCCCCGGAGCCGUUGUCGCCAGUAAUACCAUCGACCAGCUCGCCAUUGUUGUCGCCACUGGAUACCUCGUCCACAUCCAUGAGCACUUCUAAAAAGAGAAAUUAUAUGGGUGAAUUGGUGAAAGUGGCAAAACAACAACAUGAAUUGCUUAAGGUAGUGGUGGAAGAUGGAAGAGAUUUAAAAGAAAGAAUCAUUAAUUGUAUUGAAGAACAAAAUAGUUCUACAAAAGAAUUUAUAAGUAUUUUUAAAAAUUUGUUGGAAAAAAUGUAAAUAUUAUAUUUAUUUUGUAUACUAUUAGUAGUUAUUUAUUUUUAUUAUUAUUAAUAUAAAUGUAACUGAAUUAAAUGUUAAUUUAAAAAGGAAAUAUUAAAUAUUUAAAAU